AUGACUCGCAGCACGCCCAGCACUUCUUCAUUCCGUGGUCUUAUUGAAACUCUUUUCCCAAACCAGAGAGUUUCAAGCAUACAGGCUUAUGAUGAGGAUCCACACCCACAUUAUCUUCUACGGCUAUCUGGCGGCACCGAACUCGUGUUGAAGACGUCGACACCGCAUCCAGAAACCGUGUUAUACUAUGAACGACACUCGCUCGAAGUGGAGGCCCAUGUAUUGUCAUUACUCGAACCAAGUGAAAUAUGGUGCAUCCCAAAGCUCAUCCAGUGUGAAGUGUCUCCAUCAUCUCCGACAAUAACGUGUCUAUUACGUUAUAAGUGCAAGGGCGUCCCGCUUUCAGAGAUUCAAGAGUCUUUGACCACAGACGACCUACGGCGGAUUGAUAGGCAGCUCGGAAUCGCUGUCGAUCAGAUCGGACAACACACUGCAACUAAAUUUGGCUCCGUUCAUGACAUCUGCGUUGGGGGAGGGGAGAGAACUUGGAAACGUGCAUUCCUAAAUCUCCUUGAAUCUCUUCUGUGGAACGCAGAAAACAUGUUCAUCUCCCUACCGUACUUUGAGAUUCGGCACCAGGCCAGCCGCCUGUCGGCUGUUUUCGAUGAAGUUACGGAGCCACGGUUGAUUCUCUACAACAUCAGCCGAUCGUCACAUCUUGUCAUCGACCCCAAGACCAAAGACGUCAGCGGGGUUAUCGACUUCACGGCUGCGACCUGGGGCGACGUAUUGAUGACGGACAUCUUUGAAAACCCUUCAUCCGACAUUCUUAAAGGAUAUGGGUCAGAUCCAACGCGAGAAGGCUCUGCACCCAUCCGACUGCUGUUCUACUCCUGCUACCGAAACAUCCUCAAAAUCGUAAAACAGUACUAUCGAAACCAAUCCCACGAAGAGGAGCUUCGCGUCCGAAAAGCUCUAAUGGCGAACCUCGCCUCUAUUGCAGCCUUUAACCCAUAA